GAGAGAGAUAGUGGGAGAACAAGAUAAUGAUUAAUAUUUGAGUCACAGCUCAGAAGUAUAAUUCAAACUUGUGAAGAGCAGGUGAAGGCAGUCACACUUUACUGGAAGACCAAGACAGACAGGUCUGGAGAAAGACCAUUGAAAUACACAUUUUGGGAACUUUUUUCAACUUUUCAGACUUUAUUUGGACCCCAUUGAAGAAAGCAUCAAGAUCAAAAGAAGAAUACCAUAUUCCUCUUUUAAGAUUUUCUUCUGACCACACAACAGGAUGGAGGAACCAGAAGUAUCUACAGCAUCACGUACCAAUUCAAUACGGCACCAACACAAGACACUGGUCUCUGGUGAGGACCAGGACAAUGCCUGGGACGCUGGUCCAGAGUGUUCAAUCUGCUUUUGUGCAUACGACAACACCUUCAAGACACCGAAGCUUCUCAAAUGUACCCAUACCUUCUGUCUGGAAUGUCUGUCUCGCUUUGUGACUAUUUCACCAGAGCAGGAGGGUACCCAGAUCACCUGCCCUCUUUGUCGGCGGUCAACAUCCCUGCCUGAGCACGGUCCUCCAGGUCUGGACACCAGCCAGGAAGUUUUGUGUCAACUUCCAAGCGACCAGCAACAGGUGGAGAAAGUUUAUCUAGAUGGAAAGAGGCUGUGCUACUCAAACCCUAUGAUACCCAACUGCGUCUGCAUUGACAUCGGGGAGCAUAAACCAGAGGAGACGCCGAGAAGAGAGGAGAGAAGAGAGGGAUGUGGACACAGACUGCUGCAAUUCUUGGGUUUUUAUGGAAACUGGAAGAGGCUUGUUGUCUUAAUAAUAGUGCUUCUUGUAGUCUUAUUCGUUAUACUGUGGCCCAUCCAGUGCUUUUUCUUCCCAAACUCCAUGUCACAAUGCUUCAGAAAAUCAUGACCUAUUUUCCAU